UCCAGCGGGCUGGGCGGAGCGUGGGCGAGAUGCCCCCAGCUGCUGCAAGGGUUCGCGCCAGCGGACGAGGGAAGCCGAAGCCGGCGGCUGCUGCACAAGCAAGAAGGCCUGGAACACACUCCUGAGAAGCAACAGAGGGCACCUCCCCAGACUAGCCGCGAUGGCGCAGGGUUUUGCAGUGGGCUUCGACCCACUGGGCCUUGGAGACCUCAGCUCAGGCUCUCUGAGCUCCCUCUCCUCCCGCGGCCACCUGGGCAGCGACUCGGGCUCCGCAACGCGAUACCUGCUGAAGAAGCAGCAGCGACUGCUGAAUGGGCCCCCCCGCGGAAUCCGAGCCUCCUCGCCCAUGGGCCGCGUCAUCCUCAUCAACUCCCCCAUCGAAGCCAACAGUGAUGAAAGUGACAUCAUCCAUGCAGUCCGGGUGGAGAAGAGUCCAGCAGGCAGACUAGGUUUCAGUGUGCGGGGCGGCUCUGAGCAUGGCCUUGGCAUCUUCGUCAGCAAGGUGGAGGAAGGGAGCAGUGCAGAGCGGGCUGGGCUGUGCGUGGGGGACAAGAUCACAGAAGUGAAUGGGCUGAGCCUGGAGAGCACCACCAUGGGCAGCGCUGUGAAAGUGCUGACAGGCAGCAGCCGCCUACACAUGAUGGUGAGGCGCAUGGGCCGAGUGCCGGGCAUCAAAUUCUCCAAGGAGAAGACUACAUGGGUGGACGUGGUGAAUCGGCGGCUGGUAGUGGAGAAGUGCAGCUCGACGCCAUCUGACAGUGGCUCAGAGGAUGGCAUGCGGCGCAUUGUCCACCUAUACACCACGUCAGAUGAUUUCUGUCUGGGCUUCAACAUCCGCGGGGGCAAGGAGUUUGGCCUGGGCAUCUAUGUGUCCAAAGUGGAUCAUGGUGGGCUGGCCGAGGAGAAUGGCAUCAAAGUGGGGGACCAGGUCCUGGCGGCCAACGGUGUCAGGUUCGACGACAUCAGCCACAGCCAGGCCGUGGAGGUGCUGAAGGGCCAAACGCACAUCAUGUUGACUAUCAAGGAGACUGGCCGGUACCCCGCCUACAAAGAGAUGGUUUCUGAGUACUGUUGGCUGGACCGAUUGAGCCACGGGGUGCUGCAGCAGCUGUCCCCAGCCUCGGAGAGCAGCUCCAGCGUCUCCUCCUAUGCCUCCAGCGCCCCCUACAGCUCGGUUGAGGGCUCGGGCUCUCUGUCCUCCGACCACCUGGAUGUGGGCCUUGGGCCUGAGGAGCCCGGUUGUCGGGGGCCGGGCUGGGGGAGGGCGGACACCGCCAUGCAGACUGAGCCUGACGUGGGGAGCCGCGUGGAGACCUGGUGCAGCGUGAGGCCCACCGUCAUCCUCAGGGACACGGCCAUCCGCUCCGACGGACCCCGGCCCACCCGCCGCCUCAAUUCUGCACUCUCCGAGUCCCCAAAGACUGCUCUGCUGCUGGCCCUGAGCCGACCCCGGCCUCCCAUCACAAGGUCCCAGAGCCACCUGACCUUGUGGGAGGAGAAGAAGCAGCGGAAGAAGGAGAAGUUGGGAUCCUCUGGGGAAAAGGGGGCCCUACAGCGCUCCAAGACGCUGAUGAACCUCUUCUUCAAGGGAGGGCGGCAGGGGCGGCUGACAGGGGAUGCCGGAGAGGCCUGGACGCUGGACGCUGGCAGUCUGGCCAAGCCCCGCCCUCGCCUAGACCUGGAGAAAGCAGGAGCAGUGGGGCCUGUACAGAAGUUUGUCACCUGGAGACUGAGACGAGAGCGGGAGAGGGGUCGGGCCCUGCUCUCUGCCAGGUCUGGGAGCCCCUCCCGCCAGCUGCCUGAGGUGGAUGAGCAGGUGCAAGCCUGGGAGAGCCGAAGGCCCCUUAUUCAGGACCUGGCCCGACGAUUGCUGACUGACGACGAGGUUCUGGCUGUCACCCGCCACUGCUCCCGGUACGUGCAUGAGGGCGGCGUGGAGGACCUGGUGAGGCCCCUGCUGGCCAUUCUGGACAGGCCUGCGAAGCUGCUGCUCCUGAGGGACAUCAGGAGUGUGGUGGCCUCCACGGACCUCGGCCGCUUUGAUAGCAUGGUGAUGCCCAUGGAGCUGGAGGCUUUCGAGGCCCUCAAGGGCCAGGCAGUGCGGCCUCCUGCCUUGCGACCAGCCCGGCAGGACACACCACCCAAGCGUCACCUGGUCACACCUGUGCCUGACAGUCGUGGAGGUUUCUACCUGCUGCCUGUGAACGGCUUCUCAGAGGAGGAAGACGAUGGGAAACUGAGGGAACGUCUGGGGGGCCUCCAGCUCUCCCUGGGUGCCUCUGCUCCCCACCACACUCAUAAAGGGAUCCCCCCUCUCCAAGAUGUGCCAGUAGACGCCUUCACCCCACACCGAAGCACCUGCACCCCCCCUCCCCAGCCACCCCCUGUCGCUCCCCGGCCCCCAAGGCCUAACUGGCUGCUGACAGAACCCCUGACCCCAGAGGACCCUCGGCAGAGCCAGGGCCAGGGCCCUGCCCAGAGCCGCAGCCGCAGCCACAGCCGCAGCCGCAGUCGCAGCCGGGGCCGGGGCAAGUCCCCAGGACGCAGGCACUCCCCAUCCCCAGCACCUGUCCCUACCCCGAGCACAGCCAGUGGGCGCUACCACAAGCCUCGGAAGGCCAGGCCCCCUCUGCCACGACCUGUGGCAGGACAGGUGGCCAAGGCGGGAGGCCAUCAAGGCCCUUCUGAGAACGUAACUGGCGGGACAGCCUGGAAGGUAGCCGAGAAGGCCCCUGGGGGGGAGCUGAGGACAGUCACACUGUCCAAGAUGAAACAGUCCUUAGGAAUCAGCAUUUCUGGGGGCAUUGAAUCCAAGGUGCAGCCCAUGGUGAAGAUAGAAAAGAUCUUCCCUGGGGGGGCUGCCUUCCUCAGUGGGGCCCUGCAGGCUGGCUUCGAGCUUGUGGCAGUGGAUGGAGAGAGCCUGGAGCAGGUGACCCACCAGCGAGCAGUAGAUACCAUCCGCCGAGCUUACCGUAACAAGGCUCGGGAGCCCAUGGAGCUUGUAGUCAGGGUCCCUGGGACCAGCCCACUACCCUUAUCCCCUGACUUGCCAGCCCUCACUGAUCAGUGCCUUCCUGCUGACCAUUCCCCUGCCCGCUGACCCCUCCACUGCCUCCCAGAACCUCCCAUUAAUGCUCUGCCCACCAACACCAAGAUCCCUCCCACUGAUGCCAGGCUCCUCUAUCAAACUGCCAGCCCCAACCCUUCUCCAGCUCUCCAGACUCCUGAUACUAACCGGACUCUCCCCAUCCAUGCUGUGACUCUUCCCACUGACUUCAGAUCCUCUCACUGACUCCCUAGGAUCCUCCUGCUAUCUUCCAGACCUUACCUGCUAACCUCCUUGGGACUCAGGAACCUCUGUUUCUUGACUUGCCUCUUCUCAAAGCUCCCCACUUUUUUCCGUCUCCAGCUAUCACUGAGGCUCCAUCCUUUCCAGAUAAACUUGAUGUCAAGGACAAGGUGCUAUUGGAUAGCCUGUGUCACCUGCUCACUGCCCCCCACCUCCCAGGGCAGGGAGAGGUUGGAAGAAAGCCAAGGUCUGGAGCCUGGGAUUGGUGGACACUUUCUCAUGUCCCCUAUAGUGCCCCUAAGCACUGAGGGACAUGGGCUCUCAGAUAGGGCCCUGAGGGGUCACUGUAUCCAUCCCCCAGCCCCAAGCAGCGUUAUGUGCAAGGAACAGGAUGGAAGUCUUUUCUAGUUUCUCAAACCCUGAGACAACUUCAUGUCAUGGUCCACUAGGACCUCACACUUUCUACUGGAUUUAUCCUUCCCCCAUCACUCUUUAUCUCCCCAUGACCUCUAUGAGGGGUAAGGGAAUAUCCAGGGAAUAUGAGGAGUUAAGGAUAGGGAAGGUCAAAGCAGUUCCCAUAGUCUUUACCUAGCACACUCAUCUUUUUUUAAAAACAAAAAAUUUUUUUAAUUUUUUUCCUUUGGGUUUGUACAAGAAAUUUACAGUGUGGAAAAAUAUACAAGUGAAAAUGAGGCCAUAAACCUGGGUGUGGGGAGGGGCCACUUGGUCACAAACACAAAUAAACAAGACAAUUUUGA